UAGCCUGUGUGAAGUGCGUGGCCGUUUGUGUGCCCUGACUGAGUCCUUUAUUGAUGAGAGAGAGGACAGCGCGUGAAGCCGUUUCCCAGCGGCGCCGCAUCGCUCCACAUCUAUAAUUAAAGAGCCGGUGGAGGCGAGACGCCGUCUCUGCGUGUGCUCGCGCGCCUGACUCGCUCUCUCCCGCGUGUUCGCUCUCCCGCUGCUCCGACCGCCGAUUUUUAUUUCCGCGAUGGUUCGGACGAGUAAACCGUUAUCAGGUGCAGAACCGCACAACUCCCGGCUGUUGACGCUCUUUUGCUUCUGGAUGUAUUUUUUCGGGGGCUGGUUAAUUUCCGCGACUGCUGGAAUUGUACAGUAACGCAGCCUGCAGCUGAGGCGUAUUUGGGUUUUUCUCUUUUUUUGGACAGUUCUGACUUCCUUUUUCAAGAUGCCUGAGGCUAAUUAUUUGCUGUCAGUGUCUUGGGGAUACAUUAAGUUCAAGCGAAUGUUGAACCGGGAGCUGACCCACCUUUCGGAGAUGAGCCGUUCUGGGAACCAAGUCUCAGAGUUCAUCUCCAGCACCUUCCUGGAUAAGCAGCACGAGGUGGAAAUGCCGUCCCCUCAGACGCAGAAGGACAAAGAGAAGAAGAAGCGGCCGAUGUCGCAGAUCAGCGGGGUGAAGAAGCUGACCCACAGCUCCAGCCUGACCAACUCCAACAUCCCCCGCUUCGGGGUCAAGACAGAGACCGAGGACGCGCUGGCCAAGGAGAUAGAAGACAUAAACAAAUGGGGCCUUAAUGUUUUCAAAGUCUCAGAGUUUUCGGGGAACAGACCAUUAACAGUUAUUAUGUACACGAUAUUCCAGGAAAGAGACCUCUUAAAAACAUUCAGAAUUCCACUAGACACCUUCAUAACUUACCUGAUGACCUUAGAAGACCAUUACCAUGGUGAUGUUGCGUAUCAUAACAACAUCCACGCUGCAGAUGUCACACAGUCUACUCACGUGCUGCUGUCCACCCCUGGACUAGAGGCUGUGUUUACGGACCUGGAGAUUCUUGCCGCCAUUUUUGCCAGCGCCAUCCAUGACGUCGACCACCCCGGCGUCUCCAACCAGUUCCUCAUCAGCACCAACUCUGAGCUGGCUCUCAUGUACAAUGACGCGUCGGUGUUGGAAAAUCACCACCUGGCCGUGGGCUUCAAGCUCCUGCAGGAGGAGAACUGUGACAUCUUCCAGAACCUCAGCAAGAAGCAGAGACAGUCCCUGCGCAAGAUGGUCAUCGACAUUGUUCUUGCCACUGACAUGUCCAAACACAUGAACCUGCUGGCCGACCUGAAGACCAUGGUGGAGACCAAGAAGGUGACCAGCUCAGGAGUCCUGCUGCUGGACAACUAUUCAGACCGGAUACAGGUCCUGCAGAACAUGGUGCACUGCGCGGACCUGAGCAACCCCACCAAGCCGCUGCAGCUGUACCGGCAGUGGACCGACCGCAUCAUGGAGGAGUUCUUCAGCCAGGGCGACCGCGAGCGCGACCGCGGCAUGGAGAUCAGCCCCAUGUGCGACAGGCACAACGCCUCGGUCGAGAAGUCCCAGGUGGGGUUCAUAGACUACAUCGUGCACCCGCUGUGGGAGACGUGGGGGGACCUGGUGCACCCGGACGCCCAGGACAUGCUGGACACGCUGGAGGAGAACCGGGAGUGGUACCAGAGCACCAUCCCGCAGAGCCCCUCCCCCACGCUGGACCCGGCCGACCGGACCCGCCCCGGCGGCGCCGCCGACAAGUUCCAGUUCGAGCUGACGCUGGAGGAGGACGGCGAGUCCGACACGGAGAAGGACAGCGGCAGCCAUGCCGAGGGAGAGGAGGAGGAGGAGGAGGAGGAGGAGGAAGAGGAUGAUGAAGAUGAGGAAGAAGAGGAAGAAGAUGACAACAGCUGCAGCGACUCGAAAACGAUUUGCACUCAGAACUCCACUGAGAUCCCGCUGGACGAGCAGGCCGAGGAGGAGGAGGAGGAGCAGCCCUGUGACGAGGAAGAGCGGGCGGUCUCCUCCGAGCCGUGUGUGGUGGAGGAGGAGGAGAAGGUGGAGGAAGAGGAGUAUGACAAGCCUGCAGGCACGUAACAGCUGGCCCACGGCCAGGUCCUGAAUGUGUACUGGGAAUCGCAAAAAGAACAGAACAGAUGACAGACUCGUGAACUUUAUUCCCUUUGGUUGGCUUUCAUUAUAUUUGCGUUUUUAAUUCUUAUUUAAGACAGUUGUUUGAAGAACAGUCCCAAAGCGCAUGUUGCACUCCACCACCCUCAACUGCACCUCGCUGCAACACAGCUGGCCCAUGCCGACUGACCACGCCCACCUGACCACGCCCAACUGGCUCCCCUGCGAUUUUGCACUCAGGAAUAUUUCUGAUACUUAUUUUUUCAAGUCUUUCCUUCUUCAUUAUUUCUCAUACUGUUGUUUUCUAUUUUUCUCCUCAAAACUAUUGGUCAGUGGAUUGGUGGUUGGGCAGUAGGCCGAUGGUUGGGCAGUAGGAUGGUGGUUAGGUGAUGGAUCAGUGGUUGGGCAGUAGGCCAGUGGUUGGGCAGUAGGAUGGUGGUUAGGUGAUGGAUCAGUGGUUGGGCAGUAGGCCAGUGGUUGGGCAGUGGGCCGGUGGUUGGUCAGUGGGCCAGUGGUUAGGUGAUGGAUCAGUGGUUGGGCAGUAGGCCAGUGGUUGGGCAGUGGGCCGGUGGUUGGUCAGUGGGCCAGUGGUUAGGUGGUGGAUCGGUGGAUGGGCAGUAGGCCAGUGGUUAGGUGGGUGGCCAGUGGUUGGUCAGUUCUCUGUGGCUCAUGGUGUAAAAAUAAUCCAGUCUGUUUGUUUUGGCCACUUUUUCUUCCUUGCAAACACACCUGGAAAUUUCCAGGAAACUGAUUCCAGGAGAGAGAGGGAGAAUUGAUGCUGUUUCAAUGCUGAUAUGAAUAUGAUCUGUCAUGUGAUUGGUCCAUGCCCAAAUGUUCUCACUGACAGAGAGAGAGAGCAGGAAGGAUUUUUUUUUUUACACUUUUUUGAAGUUCAAGUCUUCCACAAAACCUGACUGAGAGAAAAAUUAGACAGCCACUGCGCUGUUUUGACCUCUUCAGUUUUUAAAAAAUUUUAUUUGUAUAUAAAAAUCGCACACUUUUCUAGGUUUUCCUUUUAUGUUACUACGGAUGUACAUUUAUGGAGAUAUAUUUAAGAAACAUCCUCUGACGUCGCUCCUUCGUGGUAAAAGAAGUAACUUGCAAGUUUUAUGUGUGGCAUGAGUGCGUGCUGGAUCACACCUCCGUCUGUUCUUUCCGUCACCGUUUUCCUCAUUUAAAGACAUUUUAUUUAUUAUUUAAACACACAUACAUCAAUGCAAAAUGAUGACUCAAUACUUUUGGCCUUUGCCGUUGCAUAAUUAUUAUCAUUGCCAACUCCACACACACACAUGUGCUUGUUUUUUUUGUUUUUUGCUUAACCUGCCAAACAUAUUAGAGGUUCCUAACUGCAUUAUGCUUCAAAUAUAAAGUAGAUGGCAGUGAUGCAUACUCUGCAGCAUCAUUGUCAUCAUCAUUGUCGUCAUGGCCAUCAUUAACAUUACAGCGUUUGUUUUGAGAGGAAAAAGGGAGACUUGCAAGUUACUAUCCAUAUACUGUACCUCUACCCUCCCUGUACCCAACUACUGUACCUCUACCCUCCCUGUACCCAAAUACUGUACCUCUACCCUCCCUGUACCCAAAUACUGUACCUCUACCCUCCCUGUACCCAACUACUGUACCUCUACCCUCCCUGUACCCAAAUACCUUUAUUUCUAGUCAGAGUGUUUGUA